UAAAUAUAAUGAUCGUUAUGGAUAUUUCUGUAAUUUCAAGCUAAGAUAGAACGGUAUAAAAGGGCUAGGGUUUAUCGACGCGUUCUUCCUCUGUUUCCCGAACCCUCUCUCCUUUCCGUCUGCACGAGAGACAGAUUCUGCGAAAAUGGGGAAGACUCGUGGUAUGGGAGCUGGGCGCAAGCUCAAAACACACAGGAGGAGACAAAAAUGGGCUGACAAAUCAUACAAGAAAAGCCAUCUUGGAAAUGAAUGGAAGAAACCAUUUGCAGGUUCUUCCCAUGCCAAGGGAAUCGUUCUUGAGAAGAUCGGAAUUGAAGCUAAGCAGCCCAACUCUGCUAUCCGUAAGUGUGCGAGAGUUCAAUUGAUUAAGAACGGAAAGAAGAUAGCAGCAUUUGUCCCCAAUGACGGUUGCCUGAACUACAUCGAGGAAAAUGAUGAAGUUUUGAUUGCUGGAUUUGGCCGUAAGGGUCAUGCUGUUGGAGAUAUUCCUGGAGUCAGGUUCAAGGUGGUGAAGGUUUCUGGCGUAUCGCUGUUGGCGCUUUUCAAGGAGAAGAAAGAGAAACCUAGGUCUUAAAUUUUCUUUUCUUUUGCCUAUUCUAUUCUUCUUUUGGAGAUGUUUGAAGAAAUUUUGAUUAUGGUUGUGUUAUUUUGGGAGCGUUUUGGAAUUAUUAAUGCUACUUUUUCUUAA